AUGGGCCCAAGGGGCCGCAGUGCUCUGAGUGGGGAGCGUUUGCUAUGGGCAGGAGCAACUGCCCAGUAUUGGAGCAGGGCGUCCGGGUGCUUGGCCUCCCUGGAGGUCCCCUGGGUGACACGCUCCCCCCCCCAUCGUGUCUCAUCCCCCCCAGAGACCAUCACGGCUCUAUUCAAAACCCGCUUCCGGGUGGACUUCCCCUUCGACCUGCAGGAACUGCCUGCCUUUGCUGUCAUCGGGAUUGCCAGCGGCUUCGGAGGGGCACUCUUCGUCUACCUCAACCGCAAGAUUGUCCAGUUCAUGCGCAAGCAGAAGACCAUCAACCGCUUCCUGAUGAAGAAGCGCCUGCUUUUCCCCGCGCUGGUCACUCUGCUCAUCUCCACAUUCACCUUCCCGCCUGGCUUUGGACAGUUCAUGGCCGGCCAGCUCAGCCAGAAGGACACCCUGGUGACCCUGUUUGACAACCGCACCUGGGCCAAGCAGGGCCUGGCUGAGGAGUUUGAGUACAUUGGCAUCUCUGAGGCCUGGAAGCACCCACAUGCCAAUGUCUUUGUCACCCUGGUGGUUUUCAUCCUCAUGAAG